AUGUCCGACCUGGGACGCUCAAUUCUUAUAACAGGUGGCACCUCAGGUUUAGGCUACCAGUGUGCACUUGAACUGGCUCGACAAUGCCCGGAAGCUCGGAUUCUGAUUGCAUCCCGCUCUGACACGAACUCAGCCGCCGCCUCGAUCAAUAAAGCUCUCGGCCAAACCAACGUCCAGUACCUUCCCCUAGACCUCUCCAACCUCGACAACGUUCGCGCCUUCGCAGCAGAAUACGCAGAGGGGAAGUACCCAAAAAUUCAAGCCCUCGUCCUUAACGCCGGACUACAGUUCCCCAAUGGCGUCACUUACACUAAAGACGGUGUGGAGUCCACAUUCGCAAUUAACCACGUGGGGCACGCCCUACUCUUCCAUCUCCUUCGCCCGCAUCUUGCCGAAAAGGCCCGCAUUGUCAUCACAGCCAGUGGAACACAUGACCCAGCUCAGAAAAGUGGGCUACCCGAUGCAGAAUACACUACCGCCGAGGAGCUGGCUCAUCCCUCCCCUCAGUCUGCAAAGAACAGUGGCAGACAGCGAUAUGCAACCAGCAAGCUGUGCAAUGUUAUGUGGACAUACGCCCUAGACAAGCGUCUCAUAGCAGCAGCUGCUAGGGGUGAAGAAAGGUACACCGUCAACGCUUUCGAUCCUGGUUUGAUGCCUGGGACCGAUUUGGUGCGAGAAGCUUCAGCAGUCUUGCGCUGGAUAUGGAAUAACGUCAUGCCACGCAUGAUUCCUCUGCUUCGUCGCUUCGUCCAUCCUAAUAUACAUUCACCUGAGGAGUCAGGGAUUGCGUUAGCGCGACUUGCAGUUGGUGAGGACGUAGCAGGUGUGAGUGGAGCUUACUUUGAAGGUACAAAGAAAAUCAAUUCUAGUGUUGAGAGCCACGUUGUGGAAAAACAGGAGGAUCUCUGGCAUUGGACCGUGAAACAUGUUGCGCGUGACGAGGAGGAAUUACGCACCUUUGACAGCUUGUAG